AUGCUCACGGUCGAGCUGAUCGAGGCACAGGCGAGAGCCCGCGAGGCGUCGCGACGCGCAGAGGACCGCGCCAAUGCCUACAACAACAACUUCGCAAGCAUCGUGUCGAGCACCACCAGCGUCGUUGCAGCGACCAUCACCAACGUCCCGUCGGAUAUGACGGCGGCCGACGUGGCCAAGUUUUGCCGACAGUGCACCAACUUCUACGGCGGCUUUCUCUCAGUCAGCAUGGCACCGUACACUGCCAGACGACGAGGCCGGUCCACAGUGUUUAUGGCGUCGCGCCUCUUCCAUGCGCUUGUCUUGGCCCUCGACGGCAUCUUCUGGCAGGGCGAGGCCAUCCGCGUGCGCGAGGCGGCCGCCGUCGGUCGGUCUGUGUGCACCGACGUCACAAGCAGCGUCUUUUACUGCAAGGCCCUGUGUGUGUUGCCCACUGCAGCGAGCGACCAGCCCUCUUUUGACACCGUCGACGUCGUCACGCUCACGUGCUCGAGCAUGGACGCGACGACCUUUGCGAUUGCGUUUGACGGCGAAAACGACUACCGCUACCGCGUCUGCUUACAGGUCACCAACGUCGUUCGCUGUCGCGUCGGAAGAGACGAUGACGAUCGCGUGGUUGCCCGGUUUACUUUGCGGACCCCGCCGUUCGUCUAUAUCGGUGACCGGCGAAAGACGGACGAAGACCGCGUCUGGCCGAUCGCGGAUGCUGCGUACAAGUGGGAACGGUCCGAUGAUCCGUCGCCCAACGGCGCCUUUGGCCACUGCCGAUGCUACCAUCUCGUGCUCGAAUCCGCAGCCUCGCCAGACACCGUCGUACCGUUGCUGCGGAGCUUUGGCCUUGCAGACGUGACGCGCCAAGACAGGCUCCCGGUAUUCACCAGCGUCGCGUCGUCGUCGCCGCCACCAACCGACUGGGUGUAUGCCCCUACGUCCGAGUUGCACGACGUCUCGUUUCCGCUGCGCUAUGCGCUGCAUGUUCUCAUGUCCCAAGAGGCGUUGGUCGUCACCACCACCGACGACGCCAGCAACAAGGCGAUUUUGAGCGUCGCUGACGAGACACUGCGCGACUUGGCGGCGCCGCUCAAGACUCACGCCAAAGCCAUCCAGUUUGUCAAGGCGUAUGCACCGAAAGCGACGAUUCUGAAGCUGCUCCAGGCCGGCGUCUCGGUGCAAGAUCCAUUUGUCGCCGACUGGCUGCACAUGCUGCGCCGCCACGUGUUCAACAACAUCAAGUUUCGGUCGCGCAUCCGCGUUCUUGACGGCGUCGUGCUCAUGGGCGUCAUUGACGAGACAAACACGCUGCCCGAAGGCUGCAUCUUCUUCCUUCCCAGCUUUCGGUCGCCACUGUACAAGGCCAUACCGGCAACAAUCGGCACGCGCUGCGUCGUGGGCCGCCACCCGAGUCUUCACCCGGGCGACCUCCGAGUGCUCACAUAUAUGAUGGUCCCGGCACUCUGCCAUCUCUUUGACGUGCUCGUCUUCUCGUCGCGCGGCCAGCGACCGGUGACCGACAUGAUGUCGGGCGGCGACAUGGACGGCGACCUCUACUUUUGUCUCUGGGAUCAACGUCUCGUGCCGGCGCAGGAUGUGCCACCGAUGCAGCCACCUGCCGCAUCAUUGGGCAUCCCACCGCCGUCGUCUGCCCCCGGCAUCCAGGGUAUCCAGGAUCACUUUAUCCGGUUCCUCGCGCAUGACAACUUGGGCAUGAUAUCCAAUAUGCAUCUCGCGAUUGCCGACAAUAGUGUUCACAAAGCGUACGACGUUCGGGCGCUCGAGCUUGCCGAAGCGCACGCCAUUGCAGUUGAUUUUGCAAAGUCCGGGAUUGAAGCGCCGACGCCGAUGUACAACAUACCAGCGUACCCUGAUUUUAUGGAGCGCGCGGGCCCCUCGUACAAGUCCAAGACGGCGAUUGGUAUUCUCUACCGCAAGUCGCGGUCGGUGCGCCGGCAACCCGUGUCCACCGAGGAUGUGGACUGGGCCGUGCUGACGCCGGGGUUUGACGUGUACCUUGCGGACGCGCGCCAUUGGUUUGUGCAGUACGCCCACGCGCUCUUCACGCUCUGUCAGCAGUUCGGGAUCCAGACCGAGGUCGAGCUCAUCUCAGGCUACAUCAAGAAACUCUCGCGCACGGUGGGCCGGGCCGAGCGACUCAAUGCUGUCGAGCGCAUCCGCGUCGCGCUGCGGUUGGUCCAAGAGCAUUUUGCUCGUGUAUUCUGGCGCGACCUCGGCUCCAAGACGCCGAGUAAUGUGGUCGUCUUGCAAAAGGCGUCGGCGUGGUACUACGUGGGCUACACGCACCACCACGAGGCGCCAGGACUGCUGCCGACCCGCAGCUUUGCGUGGCUCGCGCUCGAGCCGAUGCUUGUCCUCUUCCGCAAGAUUUAUGAGCCAUAGAAACAUGGACGAGAUUUGCGUG